CACAGAGGGUUUAUCUUUAUUGUCUCUUUGCUGUUUGCAGCUGCUUCUACAGAGUUUGACCUGUUUUUUUUCCCCCGCCCUCCAGUGGAAACUGAAGUUGUGAAGAGUUUUUGGUAUAAAAGAUGAGCGACUCACUGGAAAGGACCACGGACUGUCCCUUGUCACCACUCGGAGAUAAGUCCGGUCUGAAAGAGGAGGCAGGGAGUGAAGCAGGGAUUGGUGAGUUGUGCUGGGAGGAUGGUGGUCUACCAGUAGAGCUGCAGAGAGGGAUGGAGACUCUGAGGGUCAACAGAGAACUGACGGACGUGACCCUGUGUGUUCAGGGUCAAGAGUUCCCCUGCCACAGAGCCAUUCUUGCUGCUGCCAGUCAGUACUUCAGGGCCAUGUUCCGCAGUGGUCUUCGGGAGAGUUAUGAGGAGCGUGUGGAAAUAAAAGGCUUGGACAGAGGGACAAUGCAUUCUCUCCUGGAGUACACUUACACCAGCCGAGUCGUGCUCACAAACUCAAAUGUUCAGAGGAUACUCGAGGCUGCCAGCCAGUUUCAGUUCCUGCGUGUGGUAGAUGCCUGCACAGGCUUCCUGAGUAAGUCCAUCCACCUCGAGAGCUGUGUAGAGAUUCUGAACCUGGCCGACAGCCACGCUCUGCCGGGCUUGAGGAUCAGGGCUCAGGACUUCAUCACGUCUCAGUUCUCYCAGGUGGUCCAGCAGCAGGACUUCCUGGAGCUACCAGUGGAGUCUCUGGAGGUCAUCCUGCAGCGGGAUGACCUGGACGUAAAAUGUGAGGAGUGUGUCUUUGAAGCGCUGAUGCACUGGCUGAGAGCCCGGCAGGAUGAACGUUWUCCCUUACUGACCAGGUUGCUCUCMAAAGUGCGCCUGCCUCUGCUGGAUCCAGCAUACUUUGUGGAGAAAGUUGAGUCAGAUGAGUUGAUACGUCACAGCAGUGAGGCCUUUUCUUUGCUGCAAGAGGCUCGCAUGUUUCACCUCUCCGGCAGGGAGGUGGUCUCAGAGAGAACUAAACCUCGCGUGCAACACUUUAUGUCAGAAGUCUUCCUGAUCAUUGGAGGCUGCUCUAAAGACGAACGCUUCAUUUCCACAGUCAUGUGUUUGGACCCUCUGAGACGCAGCCGGCUGGAGGUGGCCAGGCUGCCAAUGACAGAGAUGGAGGAUGAAACYCAAAACAAAAAAUGGGUGGAGUUCUCUUGUAUCACUUUCCAAAAUGAAGUCUACAUUUCUGGAGGUAAAGAGACUCAGCAUGAUGUCUGGAAAUAUAACGGCGCUCUUGAUAAAUGGAUUCAAAUUGAAUCUCUGUCAACUGGACGCUGGAGGCACAAGAUGGCUGUUCACGGUGGGAAGGUGUAYGCACUGGGAGGAUUUGAUGGAGUUCAGAGACUUGCAAGUGUUGAGGCCUAUGAUCCGUUUCACAAUCGCUGGACACAGGCAACACCUCUUGCGAUGGGCGUCAGCUCAUUUGCUGCUGCAAGCUAUGACAGAUGGAUCUUUGUGAUUGGUGGUGGUCCCAAUGGGAAACUAGCAACAGAUAAAGUUCAGUGCUGGGAGCCAGGGACGGACAGCUGGGAACUGAGGGCCCCCAUUCCAUCCGAAACCAAAUGCACUAAUGCUGUUACAUUCAAGAACUGCAUUUAUAUAGUUGGUGGUGCCAUGAAUGCCAUGUACUGCUACUCCCCUCUGUCUGACUCCUGGUCGCUCGUGACCAGUCUGGGGGAGAGGGCGAGCUGUGCCAUCGCGGCCUGCAACAACAAACUUUUUAUCACCGGUGGAAGGGACAACAAGAACCAAGUCAUCUCCACAGUGAUGUGCUGGGACGUCGACAGAGGGGCGUUGACGGAGGAGUGUGUUUUACCGAUGGGGGUGUCUCACCAUGGCAGUGUGACCCUCAUGAAGUCCUACACACACAUUCACAGGAUAUCCCCCCAGUCAGCGUGCCAGUGACACGGGGACUUUAAACUUUAAACAACAGUUAAAAUGGUGUGGAAAACUGCACUUUUGUUUUUGAGAGAUCAACUUGCAAGAGGAGUUACUGUAUGUUCAAUAAUGUAAGCACUCACAAAUUUAGAAGGAAAAAAUAGUUUUAGGAUUUUUUUUYCCGUUAAAUGGAUUUUUAUGUCUCCCCUGAUCGUACUUUACGAAAGCCGAGAGCGUCCAUUUUCCACAAUUAUUUUUUUCAUGGUUUUCUCAAGAUAACACAUGUCGUUGUCACAAAAUAACAAGGAGUGUUUUAUCGAGAUAACGAGUUAUGGUUUUCUUGUGCAUCAUUCACUGGAGAUGACCCGAUCCCCUCACCUGGUCACCGAAAAAGUUUAUCAUAUCAGCAGGAUCAUUGUAUAAACACCUGCUGAUCUGCAGUCAGACAGCUGUUUCCUUAAAUGAUGAGGGCUAAUAUGAAAGUUAUUUGUACAAGACAAACAAAUCACAAUAUUAUCCCGCGUAAUGGUACAAAAAUGACAAAAUUAUGUACG